AUGGUCCUCAUCGACAAGCAGAGCUACACCUCGCGCGAGGAGCAGCGAUUGAAGGAGGAUCGCGAGCGCACCCGGUACUGGAAAAGAUGGGGUCCCUAUGUCUCAGAGAGACAGUGGGCUACCGUCCGCGAGGAUUAUUCAGAAAAUGGUGAUGCUUGGAGCUACUUUACCCACGACCACGCCCGCUCGAGAGCAUUCCGCUGGGGUGAAGAUGGAAUUGCCGGCGUAAGCGAUACGCAUAACCUACAGAAUGUUGCGUUUUCCUUCUGGAACGGAAAAGAUGGGUUCCUUAAAGAGCGACUAUUUGGUCUAUCGAAUCCACAGGGAAACCACGGUGAAAGUGUCAAGGAGGCCCAUUUUCACGUCGACAACACGCCUACGCAUUCGUACAUGAAAUUUCUUUACAAAUAUCCACAGAAAGAGUUUCCCUAUCAAGAUCUAGUUGAUGAGAACGCUAAACGGGGAAGGCUAGACCGCGAGUAUCAGAUACUCGACACCGGCAUAUUUGAUGAUAACCGGUAUUGGGACAUCUUUAUCGAGACGGCCAAGGAGGAUGACGACGAAGAUGAACUUCUAUUCCGCGUGAUCGCUUACAACAGAGGCCCAGAGCCCGCUCCUUUGCAUAUCAUUCCACAUGUAUGGUUUCGGAACACUUGGUCCUGGGGCUAUGAGAACAGCCAGAGGCCUUCCAUCCAACAGAACGCUCCUCUUUCUGUCAAAACGAACCACGAGAAGCUGGGGCAGCGAUAUGCCCGAUUUGCCCCCUCCCCGGCAGUCGGUGACGGUCAAGAAGACGUCGUACCCCAAAUGUUAUUCACGGAGAAUGAAUCGAACAAUGAACUGCUGUGGGAGACCAAAAAUGACCAGCCUUACGUGAAGGAUGCUUUCCAUCGUCACAUCGUCGAGGGGGAGAAAGGCGCAGUCAACCCAGCCCAGAAGGGCACCAAAUUCGCCGCCUGGUAUGCCUUCAAUGAGGGCGAGGGAGUCCCUCCUGGUGAAUGUGCUGUUGUCCGCUUUCGCCUGUCGCGGAGACUCGAGCCAUUCGUGGAUGAAGAGGUGCUAGAUGAUGUGGUUGAGCAACGCAAGGCGGAAGCCGAUGACUUCUACUACCACAUCAGCCCUCUACCGAUGAGCGAUGAUCUGCGAAACAUUCAGCGCCAGGCAUUCGCUGGUAUGAUGUGGACAAAGCAGUAUUACCAUUUUAUCUGGGAGCAAUGGGCCAAUGGUGAUCCCGGUAUGAUUGCACCUCCCCCUGGGCGGAAGAACGUUCGUAAUCAGCAGUGGAGGCAUCUUUACAUGGAUGACAUCCUCUCGAUGCCGGACUCGUGGGAAUACCCAUUCUUCGCUGCCUGGGAUACGGCCUUCCAUUGUAUUCCCUUAGCUAUGAUUGACCCAGACUUCGCAAAGCGACAAUUGGAUGUCUUGACUCGAGAGUGGUAUAUGCAUCCGAACGGUCAGCUAGCAGCCUAUGAAUGGAAUUUUGGGGACGUCAACCCUCCUGUACAUGCAUGGGCCACUUUCAGGGUUUUCAAAAUGGAGCGGAAAAUGUACGGUCGACAGGAUCUUGAUUUUCUUGAGAGGGUCUUUCAGAAACUACUCCUAAACUUCACAUGGUGGGUUAAUCGAAAGGACUCUGGCGACAAGAAUGUUUUCGAGGGUGGCUUCCUUGGGCUUGAUAAUAUUGGGCUUUUCAAUCGCUCUGAACCUCUUCCCACCGGAGGGGUUUUAGAACAAGCUGACAGCACUGGUUGGAUGGCUUUCUAUUGCCUGAACAUGCUGAACAUUGCCCUGGAGCUCGCCAAGCACCGGCGCAUUUACGAAGACAUUGCUUCGAAGUUUUUUGAACACUUCAUUUUGAUUAGUGAUGCUAUGACCUUUAGAUCAGGAGAAGAGGAGAGUUCCCUAUGGAAUGAUGAAGACGGGUUCUACUACGAUGCUAUUUCGUACGGCGACCCAUGGACACAGCAGCUUCCUGUGCGGUCCCUUGUUGGCCUGAUCCCAUUAUAUGCCGUAGCAACUCUUGAGCCAGAAUUGAUCAACAAAUUUCCAUCCUUUAAGCGCCGACUGGAGUGGUUUGUCGAGAACCGAUCGGACGUGGCGGAACGAAACAUUGCAAGUAUGAAACGCCGAGGGAAGGGCGAACGACUCCUCCUAGCCCUGGUCAGUAGAGACCGCCUAGAGAAAAUCCUCAAGCGUAUGCUUGACGAGACUGAGUUUCUCUCUGAGCACGGAAUCCGGUCAAUGUCCAAGUACCAUGAAGAGCACCCCUACUCCAUGGAUGUCAACGGCCAGAGGUUCCAGGUUAAUUAUGUCUCCGGCGAAUCAGACAGCGGCCUCUUCGGUGGUAAUAGCAACUGGCGUGGACCAGUCUGGCUGUGCGUCAACUUCCUACUUAUCGAAUCCCUUCUGCGGUUCCACAUGUUCUACGGAGAUUCCUUCAAGGUUGAAUGUCCUACAGGCUCGGGAGACUACAUGCACCUAGGACAGGUAGCAGAAGAAAUCCAGCACCGGCUGCAACACCUCUUCGCGCGCAACGAUGAGGGUCGUCGUGCUGUCUACAACGGCGCCGACGUCCUUGACUUUGACGAACACUGGAAAGACUACAUGUGGUUCCACGAAUACUUUGAUGGUGACACCGGCCGCGGCCUUGGAUCCUCGCAUCAAUGCGGUUGGACAGGGCUAAUCGCCAAAAUAAUUCACGAUACAGGAGUCAAUUGCCGCCUUCCUCAAACACCGCGUUCCCCAUUCGCCGCAGCAAGCCACUACUUCGACGACAUCUUCAGCCGCUCUGUUCGCAGCCACAGCCGCCGCGGUAGUACCAAGGACAACAGGCCCUUCGUCCGUCGCUCUUCAACCAGCCGUUCAAUCGGCAAUAGGAGCGACUUUGAGUCGACAUUCACAACUCCCGCGCCCCAAACUCCCCAUGAAGCUACAUUCGAUGACGAGGAUGAGAAGAAUGGUGACGAACAACCGCCCAAUGGGGCUUCCGGGCAGAGGUUCGAUGACCAUGUCUCGCAUUAUGUGGAGAAUCAGUUGCAGAGAGUAAGGAGCCAGGCGUCAAUGGGUGCUUAUGAGGACGAGUUUGAGACGCAACUUGAUGGGGCGAAUGGGAAUGGUGACGGAAAUGCUGCUAAUGGGCGAUAA